AUGGACUUUCUGACCAACAGACCCCAGCAUGUUACGCCUAGGUAUGGAUCCAACUCCAUCAUCAAGUUUGCAGAUAACACCACGGUGAUCGGUCUCAUCAGUGACAACAAUGAGUCUGACUAUAGCAAGACAAAAGAGCUCAUUGUGGACUUCAGGAAGGAGAAAAGGAACAACCAUGACUCCAUCCACAUUAAUGGCACAGCUGUUGAACGGGGGACCUACAUCUCUGAGAAUCUGUCCUGGUCAACCAACAUCUCCAGCCUGGUCAAGAAGGAAAACAAUUGGACUGUGGCCUCAGAGUUUUUCCUUUUAGGAUUUCAUAUCAGCCAAUGUUUAGGAACUUCCCUUUUCUGUCUUUUUCUUAUGGUUUACUUUGGGGCAAUAUGUGGAAAUCUCCUGAUCAUCACCCUGGUGUCCAUCAGCAAGAACCUCCACACUCCAAUGUACUUCUUCAUCUCACAGCUGUCCAUCAGUGACAUCAUAUUGAUCACAACUAUUGUCCCCAAGAUGCUCCAAAUUCUACUGAAUAAUGGAGAGGCCAUUACUUUUAUUAAUUGCAUCACUCAGUUUUACUUUUUCUGUACUUCAGAAGUAUUUGAGUGUUUUCUUCUCACAGUGAUGUCUUAUGACAGAUACUUGGCCAUCUGUAAACCACUUCAUUAUAACUCUAUCAUGACCAAUGCAUGUUGCAUAAAAUUGGGCAUCACCUGUUGGUUGUUGGGAUUUUCUACUGCUUUUAUUGACACACAAAUGACAUCAAAGUUACAAUUUUGUGGUCCAAAUAUUAUUGAUCAUUUUUUCUGUGACCUUGUCCCCUUGCUAGAAAUUGCCUGUUCUGAUACCUACAUCGUCCAUCUUGGAGUCUCCUUACUAAGUAUACCAGCAAUCAUCCUACCAACCAUAAUAAUCAUUAUGUCUUAUGUUAAAAUUAUUUCCGUCAUCUUAAGGAUCUCAUCCAGUACUAGUAGACAGAAAGCCUUCUCCACCUGUAGCUCCCACCUCAUUGUGGUCUCCAUAUUUUACUGGACUUUAUUUACAGUUUAUAUUGUUCCAACAAGAGGACAAACACUGACCAUCAGUAAAAUCCUAUCCCUGCUAUAUACAGUGCUUACCCCAUUGAUUAACCCCAUUAUAUACAGUCUGAGAAAUAAAGACAUUAUGAAAGCAGAGAACAAUCGGACUGUGGUUUCAGAGUUUUUCCUUUUAGGAUUUCAGAUGAACCGGUGUUUAAGAAUUUUCCUGUUCAGCCUUUUCCUUGUGGUUUACUAUGUGACAAUAUGUGGGAACCUCCUGAUCAUCACCCUGGUGUCCAUCAGCAAGAACCUUCACACUCCAAUGUACUUCUUCAUCUCACAACUGUCCAUCAGUGACAUCUUAUUGACCACAACUAUUGUCCCCAACCUGCUCCACAUCCUACUGAAUAAUGGGGCGACCAUCACUUUUAUUAAUUGCAUUAGUCAGUUUUACUUUUUCUGUACUUCAGAAGUAUUUGAGUGUUUUCUUCUCACAGUGAUGUCUUAUGACAGAUACUUGGCCAUCUGUAAACCACUUCAUUAUAACUCUAUCAUGACCAAUGCAUGGUGCAUGAAAUUGGGCAUCACCUGUUGGUUGUUGGGAUUUUCUGCCACUUUUAUUGACACACAAAUGACAUUAAAGUUACAAUUUUGUGGUCCAAAUAUUAUUGAUCAUUUUUUCUGUGACCUUGUCCCCUUGCUAGAAAUUGCCUGCUCUGAUACCUACAUCGUCCAUCUUGGAGUCUCCUUGCUAGGCAUACCAGCAGUCAUCCUACCAACCAUAAUAAUCAUUAUGUCUUAUGUUAAAAUUAUUUCUGUAAUUUUAAGGAUCCCAUCCAGUACUGGUAGACAGAAAGCCUUCUCCACCUGUAGCUCCCACCUCAUUGUGGUCUCCAUAUUCUACUGCACCUUGUUUAGUGUUUAUGUUGUCCCAACUAAAGGACAGUCAUCAACCAUCAGUAAAAUCCUGUCCCUGCUGUAUACUGUAUUUACCCCAUUAAUCAACCCCAUUAUAUAUAGUCUGAGGAAUAUAGAGAUUAUGAAAGCGCUGCAAGAAACAUUUCAUAAAUAUGUCUUUCGUGGCAAUUGUCCAUGA